AGGACCUCUCUAGGAGAAACCGUAGUGUUAAUCUUUUCUACAGAAUACAAAAGAAUGUUAACUGGUUCUGAGAAAGUGAACUAUGGCCAGUUGGAUGCAUUACUGAAAAUCAAGGGACUUCAACGCAUAGAGAAUCCACAAACUACCGAAGCCGUGCAUCGAAAAUGUAUGAAAUGCUAUCCCAAAAUAUUUAAGAAAGAAAAGGUUGUGUUGCCAGGGAUUCCCGAAAAAAGAACAAAAGGUGUACAUGCCUGUAAUUUCAAGAAUGACAAGCAGUUGAGUGGAGAUUCUUACAAAAUAGGCUUGAAUAAGAUGAAAAGCCCACAAAAGUUCCGUUCUGCUUCUCCAGAAUUCCCAGAGAAGUUACACAACCUAAUAAAGAUACUCAAGAAGAUACCCAUUCUAAGAACGGCUGAAGAACAUGAGACCAUAUAUAAGACAAUGAAACUCAUCCCUGAUGUCUGUAGCCAACUUUCUGAUGCAGAGCUGAAGGAGCUUAGCACAACUGUCAUAGGGGAGCACUGGGGGAGAGGAAACAAAGUGGAUGGAAGCCAAGGCUUCUUUGCAAUACUCAAAGGUUCUAUUAAAACACACUCAACGUACUACAAAAGAAUGAUUGGAGGGUAUUUUGUUGAAGCUGCCGUACAGUCUUCUGCACCGAACCUAACCGAAUCUUCAUCCCAAGCAAAGCUUGGUGUAGGAGACUGCUUUGGGACUCUGAUACCACUACCAGCAAGACUGCAACAAGAUGUGCUAGCAGUCAUUACAGAUGAAAGCAGCGACUUCCUCAAAAUCCCAUCUGCAGAUUACUUAAGAAUAAGAGAGGAAAUAGCAAAGCGUGAAAAGCUUGCCAAAGAAGAAUUAAUCCGUGGCUCUCCAUAUUAUCAGAGCUGGCCUAUGGUAUUUAUAUUUCAUCUGACUGCUCAGUUAAAAUGGAGGACAUUUCCAACAGACCAUGUGUUCGUGAAAGUAGGAGAAAUUAGCAAAUAUGUAGGAUUCAUUAAGUCUGGAUGCUGCAAUGCUUAUCGAAUAAUUCCAGCACUUGUGAAGCGACCAUUGGGGAAAAUGAUUAAACGGAUGAGACAAAUUCUCAUUGGCCAACUGCAACCAACAGAGUCCUUUGGAGAAGUAAGCAUCCUUCUUCAGAUUCCAUCUACUUAUAUGCUGAAAGCAGCAACUCCUGUUGAGCUGGGGAUGAUUGAUGCUGCAGACAUACUUGAAUUAGAUCCAAUAAUUCAGAUGCUUCUUCUACAAACAUCAAAGCCAUUAUUUGAAAAUAUCACAGAGGAUGAUAUCAAGCUUGACUAUAUAAAAAAAGAAAUUGAAAAAGAAUGGAAGCACAAAAAGGACAUGAUACUGAAAGAAGUAUUGUUUUACAAUGGAAUUAUCCCUGGUGUUGGAAAAUGGGUCCAUGAACCAGUUCCCUUCCGAAAGGAUGAGAAAAAGUAUCAAGUAUACCCCCAUGUUGCUUCUUAUAGAACAUGAGUGUAGAACAAAAUGGAGACUUUGGUGAAAGUCAGCAGUUUAUCCAUUGCUGUUUUCUCUCUCUGCUCUUGCUGUUCCUCCACCUCUUCCAAAUUACUUCCAUCUUUCAAUUGUUUCUUUCAAUAGCCCAGCAUGCCUCUGUUGAUGAUUUAUUUUUGGUAUCUUUUCCUUUGUCCAAAUCCUCCUGGUUCUUAUAUUGUAAAUACUUUAAUAUUUUUAUUUCAGUUGGGGGAAAAUUAGAGGAAACUUUAGCCAUUAUUAUUUCUGCAUCACAAAGAAAGCAUAUUUAAUUAGCCACCUUUCCUUUUAAGAAGGCAACAGUAAAGGACAAAAGGAAUAAAUCCGUACAUAUGAAAGUACGCUGAUACACAAUAAGGUUAAGUUAUUCUAUGGAUUAAUGAUAUGGAAAGGUUUCUUUUGAUUAAAAGGCAACAUGAAUAAAAGGUCAAAUAGAUCUGAAAUGUUUGUUCAUCAGUUAGGUAAAUUGGUCAGGUGAUCAAAGGAAGGUUUCUAAUUUCAUUGCUUACAUGACUGGAUGUGCUCACAUUACUGCAUACUGGUGGUAAGGGCGAAGCAAAACACAGCACAAUGAUGCUAGUUGGUGUGUUAAACUAGAUGUUAUAAGAAAGAGGAGAGAAUGUGAGACAGACCCAAUCAUCUUUUCUGACAUCUAAUUGUUGCCUUAGGCAAGUGAACCACAUUUGUCUAGUCUCCUCGCUCCUGGACCACCAAUGCUGUUGGAAAAAUUUGGCUUUUGCAGGGGGGUGAAAGGAAUCAGUUCAUUACUAUUAUGCUUCAUGUCUCUCCUGCUGGUCUGUUUUAAUUUUUUUUUAAUUCUGCUGGACCUGGUAUUAUUUUUUCUUUCCUCUUGCUUUUUAAUUAUUGUUUUAAUGGCAUUUUGCUUGUUUAUGUUUUAAAUAUGUCCUUGAUAUUUCUUUUGUCAUCUGCUUUGGAUGUUGUAAAAACAGAAAGUAGGUUAUACAUGUUUAUAAAUGAAAUACACAAAUAAAGCACACCAUGUUUGUUUU